AGCCUGACCUCUGCUUCGCCCUUUAAUGGUGGCUCCAGAGGCACCCAGUGACUACUAAGGUAUCUGUACAAUAUCAAGGGUGAUGACUGAGCCUCAUUUGCAUACCCAUAAUACCCUGCGCAGAGUACAAUCCUUUUCAAGUUUAAAAGACUUUUUUUUAACUUGUCAUUUCUAAAUACAAGAAACCUACUUGAAAAACGUCUUGUGCAAACUUUGGGCAGAAAAUACCUCUAGCGCUAAAACGCCACCAUAAGUGAACUAGGAGUUGUAGGUCUUGGGGAAGGGAACUUGGGCGCCGCAGAGUGCGUUGUGUUUAUUCUCAGAUAGGAUUAACCUUUUGCCUUUUACUGGGGAUUGUCGGUGGCGAGAAAGUUUUUCUUUCUUUUAAAAUAUAUCUUAUUGACUUUUUUUAUUGGAGAGGAAUAGAGAGUCGAAAACUUUGGUAAGUGGCAGGAUUUGAACAGUGGGGCCAGCGCUCUCUCCACUGAGCCAAGCCAGUGAGUCUAUACUCAAUUUUUUGAGGCCUCGUUUAGGCAGGGCUAAUCCUGUGGUUACAGAGAAGGGCCGCUUCUGUUUUUUUAACUUGGGCUGGACUGGAUUUAUAAUUGGGGCCACUGCCCUAAAUACCAGCAGCCCAACAAUUAGUUGGUCAGCAAUCAGCUCAAACACCCGCAGAGAGGGAAUAUCCUGUGGGUUCCCCUAGCGACAGACAAUGGCUACCUACAGCCUAGCAACCGAGCCACGACUACGCGCCUUGGAAGACAUCGAACGGGAAAUCGGCGCCAUCCUGCAGAAUGCAGGCACCGUGAUCCUGGAACUUUCCAAGGAAAAACCCAAUCAGCGGCUGCUACACCGACACGCGGCGGCCUUCAGGGCGUCGGUGCAACACGUAGAAGCGGAGCUGUCGGCUCAGAUCCGUUACCUAACCCAGGUGGCCACAGGGCAGCCCCACGAGGGCUCCAGCUACUCUUCAAGCAAGGACUGUCAGAUGGCACUACAGCGAGUGGACUAUGUUCGCCUCAAGCUCAGCGAUAUGGCCCGAACCUGUGAGCAGAUGCUGGAAAACUAAGCCAAGUAGGCAGAGAGACAUCUGGGAGGCAGAUCACCACCUGCCCCCCGGGACAGAACCUGGGGACCUGUACAUUGAGGAGCACAGGCUGACAUGCACGCCCUGCUGGUCAUAGAUGAGGACAAAGAGGCAAAAAGUGGGAAUGGAGAAACUUAAAGCCCACGCCUGCCCACGACUCUGUGCUGGCUCCUCCAGCAGGUGCUCCUGCUCUGACUUCACCAAAGUGCUGACAAAGCUCAGACAGGAGAUAGUCAGUCACCCAACCCACUUCCUCAGAUACUUCAUGUCCUUGUCCCCUUCCGCAGACUUGACCCAAUGAAGACACAUUUUUCUUCAUUGGAAGAGAUAAAACGAGUUCUAAAUUAAAAAUAA